AUGGCAGCUGAAGAAACCAGCAGGCAACUCGCCGACCUCUUCAACUCACAUACAGACAUGCUCUCUACUCGUGUUGCUCAGAUUCUCGCGUGCGUCGUGGCCAUGCCGAUGGUCAUGGCUCAGCAUGGGCCAGUCGUCUUCCCAGUUGACUACCAGGUCUGGAACGCGUCGCGGGAUUAUAACUGCCCAGGCAGCCCGACACAGGCAGACCAGUUCAUUGUCGGAGUCUGCGCCAAUGUCAGUCUUUAUUCGGGCAAGUUCACAGUUCACCCACCUGCCGGUAAGGAGCAUCGUCGCAUUCUCAACUCUCUUGGCCGUCUGACCAGUAUGAGAUAG